GCUGUUACCUAGCAAAUCAAAACAUAUAUGGUAACCAUGGUAAUAGACAAAAGUUUUUUGUAGAAUACCGCCUGAAAAUGUCCAUGUGACAUGUGUCUAUUUAUGUUAUCUCUGCAAACUUUUUCGUACGAUGUCUGAAAAUGAAUUGGAAAGAGAUGUGGAGGAACUAAAGAUAAAAUCAAUCAUUGGAUUUGAUGGUAGUACAAACAAUGGCCUAAUUGUCCACCCGAAUGGCAAACAUAUUCUCUAUCCGCUGGGAAAUAAAGUUGCAGUUCAAGAAUGGAGCACCAAAAAACAAAAAUUUUUGGUUGGGCAUACCAACAUCAUUUCUUCCAUAGCAGUGUCGAAAUCUGGUAAAUACGUUGCUAGUGGACAAAUCAAUCAUAUUGGAUUCAAGGCAAGAGUGAUAUUAUGGGACUUUGAUAAACGAGAAAUGCUGUCCCAACAUGAGCACCACAAGGUUCGUGUCGAAGCUGUCACAUUUUCCAAAGACGACAAGUACGUCAUAACUUUAGGGGGCAGAGAUUGCGGAUCAGUGCUGGUUUGGGACAUUGAAGCGCAACAGGUGCUCUGCGGAAGUCAGGUAGCCAGAGGCAUGCAGGGAGACGUUUCUGUAAUACAGGCGAUGACAAGAAGGGGGGCAUGUUUCAUAACGGGGGGAGAGUACCAUCUCUCGGUAUGGAGGAUAUGUAAGGAGGCCAGAAAUGUCAGAUGCAUCGACGUUGCCAUGGCGAAAUUGAGGAGGACCGUUUUGUGCCUCGACACGAACGAGAGAGAUGAGUUUUGUUAUUGUGGAACUACGACUGGGGACAUACUGAAAGUGCGAUUUUAUUUCCACCAUGAUGUGGAAAUUUUGGAACCGGUCAAGCAACCAUCGCUGGUCGGUUGUUGGGCCAGAUUGACGAGAAAAAAAUUGCCUCGAGGAAGUGUGGAUUUGUAUCAACAAGGCGUCCGUGCCAUCAAACUCCUCUUCAACGGCCUGCUCAUCGUUGGUGCUGGCGAUGGCACUGUCGAAUUGGUGGAGGAAUCCACCCCCAAAAGCGCGGCCGACCCCACCGUCAAACUACCCUCCAUACCCGCUCUGAGGGUGUUCAAGACGACCAACGUGAACGGCGCCGUGACGUCAUUGCAGAUGAUCGACGACGAUACGGUGCUCGCCGCCACUGUCAACGCCGAGAUUUACGCCAUCCGAUUGGACGAUUUCAAUGCCGAGCUGAUCGUCACGUGUCAUACUUCGUCCAUCUACGAUAUCGCUUUUCCCAACAACUUCUCCGAAGUAUUCGCCACGGCCGGCAAAAACGACGUACGCGUCUGGUCGACGUCCACUGCGCAGGAGCUGCUGCGCAUAUGCGUCGCCAACUUCAACUGUUCGAGCGUCGUCUUCGCCGUGGACGGCAAGGCCAUCUUGACCGGCUGGAGCGACGGCGUCAUAAGAUCGUUCACCCCUUUGACUGGUCGUCUCAUCUACGCCAUUCCGAAUGCGCAUAAUAAAGGCGUCUCGGCGCUGACGACGACGUCGCACGGGCGCGUAUUGGUCAGCGGGGGGUGCGAGGGUCAGGUGAGGUUGUGGGAAGUAUCGCCCUUCAGACAGGAGCUGAUCUGCACUUUGAAGGAGCACAAGGGUCCAGUUUCGGCCAUUCACGUGAACGUGUUCGACACGGAAGCGGCUUCAGCAAGCACGGACGGUACUUGCAUCAUCUGGGACUUGGAGCGACAUUGCCGCAUGCAGAUCCUCUUCGCAAAGACGUUGUUCAUGUGCGUGCGAUACUAUCCCACAGGGGUACAGAUACUCACAGGUGGAUCUGACAGAAAAUUGGCGUAUUGGGAAGUGUUGGACGGCAGUUUGGUGAGAGAACUAGACGGAUCGCCGUCUGGUACGAUAAACGCCUUGGACAUUUCACCGACUGGUGAACACUUCACCAGCGGUGGUAACGAUCAGAUCGUCAAAUUGUGGAAGUAUCAAGAAGGUGUGACGACUCACAUCGGCGUAGGCCAUGCCGCAGUAGUAACGGCCGUACGAUUCAGUCCCGACGGAAAACUCAUCGUCACCUGCGACGCCUCCGGGGGUGUUUUCCUCUGGGAAUGUCCCCAACAAGAACCGAAACCGAAGGAAACCCAAAAACCCACCAUCGAGAAAACUAUCCCGGAUGGAAAAUCCCCCAAGUCGACCGGACGAAAUGGAAAAGAGGAGGACAUCAGAGAUUUGCCGAGCGUGAGGAGUUCCAGGAGCGAUAAGGGAGUCGCCCGGAGUUGCGGGUGUGACAGUGGGAGGAGUUGCGAGUCCGGGAGGUCGAGUUCCGGGUCGUUUUGCGGCCGGGAGUCGGUCGGAUCGAAGGCUGAAGGCUGUGUCGGCGAGAUGGACGCAGGUGACGCCUGUUCUACUAGGAGCGGACGCAGUGACAGGUCUAGUCAACAACGCAAAUGAUGAGAAUGUGUAUUUUUUCAACUUUUUAUUCGUUUUCCUGUUACGAUAAUUUAUUUCUAUGUACAGGCUGUCCAGUUUUUGAUGCUUUUGCGUGAUAUUUCAGUUAUCUUUGCGGUUUUUGCGGUCCUUUGCCACUUUUUUGUGAAACUCAUGAUGGCCCAAUCGGAUUUUCAUAUAAAUGUUUCCGUUUAUGAGAUACAGGGUGAUUUCGAAAAUUCAUAAUUUGUGGACAGCCUCCUAUAUUAAUUUAUUUUUCUUAUUUCUAUUUAUUUCCAUAUAUUUUUAUUUAUUUUUAUUUAUUGAAAAUGUGACUUCCAGUCAGAAUCAAGUUCUGGUAUGAGGAAGUAUAAUUAACAAUAAUAUAUUUAUGAUGUUUCCCAGCAAAAAUGUCGAAUUUAAAUCUUCUCUCAUAUACAGUGUGUCCCACUUAUCAUGCUCACAAUGGGUAUCUUUUUAACGGUGAGAGAUACGAGGUCGGUUAAAUGACACCAAAUGUGGAGUUUGUCAAGGCCAACUAUAAUGUGAAAAAAUAUUUUGAUAAAAUCUAUUCGUUUUUGUUUUAUAGGCAAAAAACAGAUUUUGAUCAUUUUCAUGU